UUACUUGUUAUGCCUACAAUUUGAUCUGCACCGUGAAGCACAGCUGUACUAACACAUUACACUUUCUAUGAUUGAAAAUGAUCAUGUCUAUAAAACUUUGUUUAGUUCUAGUGUGUGUUAAAUUGUCUAACGCAAGCGUAGGUAAUAUCGUAGAACGGGAAGAUCGGUCAUACGACGUGAUAGAUUUCAAAGUCCCUCGUGUAAUUUGGAGACAAGCGUUAUUGAAACCAGUACUGCGGUCACCGGUGGAAAUUGUUUUACCUAUACAUGUUCAACAGGAUGACGAUGAUGAGAAUGAGAUAGAUGAUGAAGGAGAUAAUGUUGUUACUGAAAAUGUUUCAGUAGAUGCAACACUUGUUGAAGGUGAACCUAUAGUACAAACAGAACAAGUUACAGCGGCAUCGGUUGCUAAUGUAACAUCAAAACCGACUUUACAAAACCAACCGACGACUCUUCAACCAGAACAAGACGUUAAUGGACAAGUUAUGAGAUUUCCUUGCUCAUGCGUCCGAGGACAAUGUGGUUGUUGUACAGGAACGAUAUUAGAAAGGUUUCGCAUGAAAGCGUGCGGCAAUAUUUCUUUUGUUCCUGAAGAUUUUGUUUUUGAUGUCAAAUUGAACGUUAACAACAAUACAGUCCUAAGGCGACGUGUAUCAGCGAGUGAUCCUCCACCUAUUUGCUUUAAUCCCAGAAGAGCUCCGUUCGUCCGAGUUUGUGCAGAGAUAUCGAAUAUUCGAAUCCGGAAUAGAAACGCUUUCGCUUGUUUAGAUAUUAACGCAGACAUCGCUGGUUUUCCUGUUUACUCGGCAUCUUUUAGGUGUUUUGGAUUGGGCUCGUCAGGCGUACAAACAGGUUUGAAACCAAAACCGGUGUCGUCUGGUCCCACCCCAGUCAAUCUCUUUGGUAACAGUAACAAUGACGACGACGGGGGUUUAUUGGGCGAUGCUGGUGGAAUCCUUGGAGGCGGUGGCGACGGUCUAUUUGGAGGUGGUGAUGGAAUCUUCGGAGGAGGAAACGAUGAAGGACCGUUGGACGUGAUCGGAGACGCUGUAGGCGACUUUUUUGACGGAAGAAAAUUAUAUCUGUGCAUGCGAAUUGAAGUGCCGGUGUUAUUCACACGAGAAACGCACGCGUCGCCUCGCGUCAAAAGUUUACGGAAAAUGGUGAUUGCAGUGGUAUUUAUCAUAGGUGCUUGUUUUUUUGAGACUACGUUCGGAGGAUUAGAAAAUCAAACGCAGACUUACGAUUAUGGGAAAGGAUUUGAGGUGCCUACUGAUUAUGCACUUUUAUUGCACCGGUUAAAGUCUGAUAAUGGCACUAUAACAUCGGUCUUGGCGAGACAAAGCCCAGCGCAAAAUGGAAGUACUUCAAGACGCUGCUCAUGCAUUAGCGGCGUUUGUAAGUGCUGUACUGGUUAUUUAAUGGAUUUGUUAGGGCAAAAAGCAUGUAUGAAAAUAACAUACCAUCCUGGAGAUUUUGCGUUUGACGUUGCCAUGUCUAUGAACGACAGAAUCCUUUACGAAAACUCCUUAUCAGGAAAAAACCCCAGACCGAUUUGUAUAAAUCCUCCAAGAAUAACGAAUUUAAAAGUAUGCGCAAAAUUAUACAACGUAUUCUUUCCUGGUAGAAAUUUUCACUUUUGUUUGGCGAUGGUGGGACAGUGGCGCCAAGUUGAAUUGUUUAACAUAGCUUUCGACUGCUUAAGAAUGGGAGCUAAUGGGAUAGUAAUGGUGAAACCUUCUGAUAACGGUGGCCUUCAGAUACCAAACCCUCAAGGCGGUGUCGAUGCCGUCAUUGACGCUGGAGAAGAUGAUAUUGACGAUUAUGAUGAGAACGUAGUGCGAUCACUUCUCGACGAAUUAUUUGAUUGA